AUGACUUUGAAUGACAUUGAUAAACGUAUUAGUGAUUUACGAGAAGAAGCAACCAAAAUUAAAGAAGUUUAUAAAAAAGUAGCAAUAUUUCUUCAUGCAAAUGCUAUUGUGGCAAUAAAUGAUGAUGUCGUGGAAUAUCUUCAAUACUUUAUUCGUGAAGAACAAAUGAAACAGAGUGCUGGAGCUAGUAACUCCGAUGUUAUUGUUGGUCUAAAUAACUUAAUGAAAGAAUUUGGAGAGAAUAUGGAACUAUUGAAAAAAACAUUAAAAGAGCAAAAGCAAUCAGAAGAUUUACAAGAUGUUCUAAAGCCUGAUGAAGUUUUUAAACUGGUUACUACUCUCUACAAAUUACCUAUCACUGGAGUCCAAAUUCAGCAGCAAGUCGAAGGAAUCAGAUUUAGUGAAGAAAAGCAUACUUAUAAACGUGAAAAACAUAUUGAAUUACCAGCAAGAGCUGCAUCAUCAAAAGUAAUGAAGGAAUUGAAACACAUUGUUUCUACACAUGAGAACAAUUAA